AUGAACGCUGCGGUCGACGGACCGCCAGUCCUCCAAAACGGCGGCGGCGCUGCACCGCAGAGCAACGGCCAUGCCUCCGACUUCUCACAGGUGCUUGAGGCCAUACAGGCCGUGUAUGCACCUACCAGCAGCAACGAGACCCGCCGUCAAGCCACCGAAUACCUCGAGCAGGCUAGGCGGGACCCCCAUGCACCCUCACAUGGCUACACACUGGCCACUGACCAGUCGCUGCUGGUGCACGUCCGAUACUACGGCCUCGGUCUGCUGGAGUAUUCCAUCAAGUACAGCUGGGACGAUUUCACCGUCGACCAGGGCACCGUGCUGAAGGACUACGUGCUGAAACUUGCGAGGAAUGUCACUGAGAACGACCAGGUGUACUUCAGGAACAAAGUCGCGCAGCUAUGGACCGAAGUCGCCAAACGAAACUGGGGUGCUGAGUGGCUGAACAUGGACGAGCAGCUGGUCUCUCUCUGGACGACCUCCCUCCACCACCAAGCCAUCGUUCUCUACGUCCUCGAAACGCUGUCCGAGGAGGUCUUCAACCGUGAAGAUGCCACUGCGGGCCUGCGAGGCAGUGAUCUGGGUCGUGCGUGCGUUGAGAUCUUCACACCGCUGCAAGUGCUGCAGGAGCAGCUGCCUACACGAGACAAGAGUCUGGACGUACGGUUCGGCGACGAAGGGUGGCUGCAGAGGCUAUGCGAUAACUUGGGCUGGUGUUUGGGACAAGACUACCAGAACCAGGAGGCAAUUCGGACGUCUGGCGUCAAGACGAUGAAUGCGCUGCGAGCUGCCAUGCCCUGGAUCAUCCCAAAGGCGAUAGCUGCGACGGGCGUCAUUGAGGCAGUCUGCAAGGCGCUCUCGGUACCUGUGGUAGAGCUGCAGCUGGCCGCCGUCGAAGUCCUGCAAGCCAUCUACAGCCGAAGCCACCUCAACGAUGACGAGUUUCAGGAGCUUGUGUGCCCAAUGUUCACACCUGGCAGCAUCUCGUUACUGCGCGAGGUGUACAACUGGGCGAUAUCUGACAUGAACAUCGAUGACCUAGACGACCAGAAAUACACGCUGUGCAAGAAGCUGUCAGAGCUGGCGAAUAGUCUCGGUCUGUUCAUCGAACAGAAGCCCCAAAGCAUUCCUGACAGCAGUGAUCUGUCCGGCAUCUUCGGCUUCCUCUACGACAUCCUACGAAAUCCCAGCCUCGUCAUCUCGAUACCUGUCCUUCAUUGUUGGACCAAGCUUCUGCGGUCACGCAUGGUCCGAGAUUCCGAUGUCGUCAACUCGAUGGUUGGCGGCCUGCUGGAGACAUGCUGUGCACGUCUGAUCCGCUACGAAUCGUUGCCUGAAGACACUGAAGACGUGACCCUGCAAUUCUUGAAUGAAGACAUCGACACAGUCCCAGAGCGGCAUGCCUUCCUGGGCAACUACCGCAGGUUUUGUGCCGAUGUUGUCGAGGUACUCGUCCGGAGAACACCAGUCGAUGCCAUGCAACACAUCCUUGCUCAAGCCGCAAGCAUGCUCUCAAACUUGUACAGCGACAAGCCCGCUUUCCAGCAACAGACAUUCUCCAAGAACUCUGCUGCGGUCUUGCAAGUUGAUGCUCAGGUCACAGUCAUCGAAGCGGCGAUCAAGGGCUACCUAAAGUGGCUCAACACACAAGGUGAAGACAUGCAAGCAGAUGAGCGGAAGCGCGCGACUUUGGAGAACUCGUUCGAGGACUGGGGACGGCAAAUACUCCAAGCACGGUUUGAGGAUCCUGAAAUCGCAAAGAAGAUCAUCUCGCUCAUGUCUACAUUCUCCACAAAAGCAUUACCAGACCGCUCUGCCUUUGCACUGAGUUUCCUUGAGUACAUGCUCACGAUUCGACUUGCCGACAAUCCCAACUUUGCCCAGUACUCUGAUGCAGUCAAGGAUCUUGAGCGCAUUUGCAGUCUGGAGAUGCAAAAGCUGGCGAUGAAGUUCGCCGAUGACUUUAUGAACGUAUACGACCAACUAGAGAACAAGGUCAACGAGAUGAUCGCUGAUCCCACGACCGACGAACGUCAGCGGAUGGCAUACUCCGCUUUCCUUUUCAUUAUCAUUCAUAGAUGUACGACAUUAGACAAGUCGACGCAAGAGCAGCGCAUGAGGCAGAUGUUGAACCAAGUCAAGGACGCGUGGGCCAACGAUAGUUUCUCCAAGUCCAUUUCAGAGUUCCAGUCUUUCUGCGGUAUUCUCGGCAUGGGUCAGCUGCCCGAGUUCCUUGCCGCCAACAAUUUCCGUGGUGUGCAAGACUGGUCGAGUCAGCCGCUUGGAAGCGAUGGUCAGGCUCUCCAGGCUGCGGUCCUGGAGCGGUCGCAACAGCUGCCGUUGCGAUUAACCAAGACCAUGCUCGCAGCUUCGACUGAGAAACUGCGAGACGGCUCCCCGGCGUAUGAAACUGCCGCUGCACUCUGGGCAGAGGCGAUCCCAACACUCCUUCCAAAUCUUCUACAGCUUAUCAGCCACGCCCAAGCAUUCAACGACAUCGACAGCAACUGGUCACACCUACCACCUGAGCUUCAACAGGUCAUUCGUAGGGUGUUGACAGACCGCUUCUGGCAGGCAGGUAUCUCGACAGAGAGCAGGGAUGACUUCUUCGCAAGAGUUAGUGGCUCCAAGUCCACCUACGAAGGCUUUGCAUCGACUAUUAGGGGCACGGUGCGACAGAUCAGGGAGAGCUCAUACUACAUCUUGUACUCUCUGACAAAGUUUCGAGACCAUUUCUAUGGUAUCUCAGAGCUUCCUGGGCCGCUCAGUCAAGCACUCUUUGGGCACGCUCACGCUCUGACAGCACAUCAUUUGUCCGUUCUGCUCACAGUCUCGACACAUCUGAUCGAGGGUUGUCCAGCACAUCUUCGAUCACACUUCUUGCCACCCAUGGUUCAAGGCCUGUUCAGGGAGCUGGAUAGGAAGAUCUGUACUGAGUGGGACGAGGUCGCUCGUCAGGUGGCGGAGUCGGGGGAGAACGACAACUUGACUGAUGAGAUGAAGACGGAGAGCAUUCUUCGCCAACUUACGUACUCAUCCGUCUCGCUGGUCGCCGUCCUCCUUGAUUCGAGACAAGAAUUCGGGCGCUCAGAAGACACCCCACGCGACCCUAGCGGUCCCCCAAUGUGCGACUUCCUCCUCUUGACCCCCUCCGUCCUCGAACCUAUCCUCAUGUUCUGCAACUCCACGAUCCGUGUCCGCGACACCCGCUCUGUGGUAGUUAUCGUCCGCGUCCUGCGCAACCUCCUUCCACGCUUCAAAGAGAAGUCUCCCAUCCGCGACUACUUCUGUAACGACAUCCUCAAGUCCGCCAUAACGUCCCUCCACGAACCCUACUUUGUCGACUGUCAAAAAGAACUCGCCAGCCUCAUAGCAGGUAUAAUCCAUAUCGACGACGAGAUCCCCAGAUCUAUCAUCUUGAGUUUGCCUGGAAUGGGCGACUACAGUCGCGUCGACCGCCGUCUCGCGAAGCUGCGCAGCGCAAACCGCAGCGACGAGCGUAUGCAACGCUCCAUCGUGCUCGAUCUGCUGAGCUCUAUCAAGGGCGUGAGUAUCCAUGAGCAGGGCAAGAUCCAGCGCAGCGCGCCCAAGAAGCGGUCCGCAGCCAUGGAGCAGUACAUGGCUGUCGAUCAAGCGCCUAGUAUCGUUCGCGGCACGAGUCCGGGUUUGGCGGGCGUCGCGGAUAUGUUCGACGAGUCCUAG